AGCCCUCUGUCUAAGGAAACGCUACCUGAACUUUGUCCACUUCGGUCCUUUAGCCCUACACCAAGCGAUACAAUUAGCUGUUUUUGUUUACAUUCCGGGUGUUUAUUUGUGCGUUUGUUUUGUUUUAAUCACUGAGAAGAUGUGGUUCAUUUAUCUGCUCAGCUGGCUGUCGUUGGUGAUACAGAUAUCCUUUGUUACUCUCGCUAUUGCUGCAGGUCUGUAUUACUUGGCAGAGUUGAUAGAGGAGUACACAGUCGCCACCAGUCGAAUAAUAAAAUACAUGAUACUGUUCUCCACAGGUGUGUUGGUAGGGCUGUACCUGUUUGAAGGCUUCCCUACUCUAAUGAUUGGAAUUGGCCUCUUCACUAACCUGGUUUACUUUGGGCUGCUGCAGACCUUCCCCUACAUCAUGCUCAGCUCGCCAAACUUUAUCCUGUCCUGUAUACUAGUGGUGAUAAAUCACUAUAUGGCCUUCCAGUACUUUGCAGAGGAAUACUAUGCCUUCUCAGAGGUCCUGGCAUACUUCACAAUUUGCUUGUGGGUGAUACCAUUUUCUUUCUUUGUAUCCCUCUCUGCUGGGGAAAAUGUUCUCCCAUCCACUGUGCAGCAAGGAGAUGAUGUGGUGUCAAACUACUUCACGAAAGGGAAGAGGGGCAAACGCUCGGGGAUCCUCUUGAUCUUCUCCUUCCUAAAGGAGGCCGUUUUGCCAAGCCGACAGAAAAUGUACUGAACCACUGAUGGGAUAGGCUGGAGGACAGAUAGAAGGAUCGGGUGGGGUUGAGAGACGGUUUAAAGGCAGGGUUGCUGUGUCCGGCUGCCUCGAUGGACUAGUGUAAGGGAUGGAGGGGAGGAGGAUGGUUUGGGGGCUGGCUCAGAGAUGAAAUGACUUAAGUAGUAGUAGUAGAGGACAACGCCUGGAAGGAUGCAACACCCUGCAAUGGACACACAAUGUCCUCAACUGAACGUACAUAUCUGUCUCUCUGUCUGUCCAUCUGACUGUUUAAGCGAAGCGAGCACAGCCAACUAAUGCUCCGUACGCAGCCCUCAGCCUUGGAAUGACUUCAGGCUCUGGUUUUCCUGGCAGGGAUUAAGCCUGGUCUUGGACUAAAGUUACACUGUCAGUGGGUUUCCCCAGUUUAGUCUGGAUCUAGGGUUAAUCUAUGCCUGAAAACCUCUUCCAAAAAGUCUUUAAUUUUUAAAGGCUUGAAUAAUAGACAUUUGAUGCUCUGUCUUUAUUUGGAUGAUUGGUGCAGGCUUCUCGCCAUAAAUUGGUAAUAGCAGUUGCUGAUGAUCAUGUUGUGUGAUCCACACAAUUAGUGUUUGUGUGGUUAUCCAUUAAUGAAUGAAUGUUGGGGGCUUAUUGUGAACAUUUUAAUUGUCAUACCACAGUCAUCAAGGCCAUACUUUUGGUCCUGCUUUUUAUUUCUGUGCUGUAAAGAACAAAAAUGUUUGUACAAACUUUUUCUGAUUUAAGCACAUAUGUGAAUACCUGUAGGAGCAGCAGUGAUAUAGUUGUAUGCGAAAGUCUGGGUGCCCCUGGUCAGAUUAGAUUUUUAUUGAUUUUCUAAAUUGAAAUAAGUUGUAAUAACAUAUGUCAGGAGAAAAAAAAAUAAUGUGUGUUUUAAUGAACAAUUACUGUUGCUUUUGCUGAAUUUAACAUAGGCCUUUUGUGGUAAAAAAAAACACUAUGUGACUGCAAAAGUUAUGGCAUAUAUAUACAUAUAUAAAUAUAUAAUUUUUUCCCAAUAUGGUAAUCCCUGUAGAGGAUGAGUUAACUUAUUUUUUUAAUUAGAAAAUCAACUAGACAUGUAAUGUGACCUGGGGUAUUCAAACUUUUGUGAGUAAGAGUAAGCAUCCCAGUAUACUCUUAAAUUUAGAAGACUAUCGUUGCCUGAGAUGCUUAAUACAUAUGGGUGCAGAUGUAAGCAAUGAUGUGGUCACUUUCAUCUUGUUCUUCAUAAGUUGGGAGCCAGGUGGGUGAUGCUUAUUUUGAAAGUAAAAUGAAAUGGACCACAGUGCUCUCUUGGAUGUUUUUCACACAAGCAGUUGAAGUGAAGAAUUUCUAAUAAAAUGGCAGUUAAUUGUUA